UUAUAUUCAUAUUUAUGUUUUUUUAAUAUUGACACUAAUGUCCUUCCAUACUUUUGUGGGCGGGAUUCGGCGAGAUUCGGCGGAGCUCGGUAUACUUCGGGCUAAGGUUGUGGCGGGAAUCUAGCGGAUUCAGCAAGCUAGCAGACUAUUUUCAUUCAGCAGUAAAAGCUAGGAGGAUGGCAGCAGCCAGGAAACAGAUGAAGAAGAAACUCCUGGAGGAGAGAGCAGAUAAAAAGGCUUUUGAUUUUACUCCUGAGGCGGAGAAGAAGGAGCUGAGUGGCUCCGAGGAUGAAGUCAGAGAAGAUGAAACUCCAAUAGUGGACAAGCUGGCAAAGAAGAGACCGGCUGACUUUGAGGAGGAGGCGGUUCCCUGUGCUAUGGGUCUUGGCAUGUUUCCUCGUUUUAUGUCCAGAAAUGAGGUGCAGUCCAUGUUGGAGAAGUUUGGAGCUGACAUCAGCAAGGUGAUGCAGGCCAAGAAGAAACGUCUAGAGUGUCUGACGAAGAACUACAUGAAGGGAAGCCAACACAAGCUGGAGCAGCUGUGGAACAACUACCACAGCCAGAGGCAGAAGAUGACGCAGCAGUAUUCCCAGCAGGUGUCGUCAGCGCUGCAGCAGUGGGAGACCGAAGCCCAGCGAGCCGAGGAGCAGGAGGAGAAGCUCAACAAUCUGUUCCGGCAGCAGCAGAAGAUCCUGCAGCAGGCCAGAGUCGUGCAGAACCAGAAGCUGAAGACCGUCAGAGAGCUGUACGAGCAGUUUGUCAAGAACAUGGAGGACAUGGAGAAGAGCCACGAGUCUUUCCUGCAGGGGGCGCAACAAGAGCUGAGAAAGGAGAUGGCCUCCCUGCAGAAGAAGAUCCUCAUGGACACGCAACAGCAGGAGAUGGCCACGGUCCGGAAGUCCCUGCAGUCGAUGCUUUUCUAGGCCGCCGCCCUCCGGAGGCUUCAGUUCUGCUCGUUCCUCGCGGUUCUCACAGGUUUCAUUAAGACGUGAACUGUUCUCGCCCAAGUUCUGAUUUCACUGCUGGGUUUGUGGACGAGCGGCUCCAGGCUGAGCUCUGUGAUGACGCUGCAGUUUCGAUUCAUCCUUUUAUUCUUUG